CAGAACAAGUUGCAUUUUCAUUUCCCUCUUUGUGUCAUUGCAGUAUCUCCAAAAAUCAUCGAGAUCUCUUCUGACAUCUCCAUCAACGAGGGCGGCAAUGUCAGCCUCACCUGCAUAGCCACGGGCAGGCCAGAUCCAACAAUCACCUGGAGACACAUCUCGCCCAAAGCCGUGGGCUUCAUCAGUGAGGAUGAGUACCUGGAGAUCACGGGCAUCACACGGGAGCAGUCGGGCGAGUAUGAGUGCAGCGCAUCCAACGACGUGGCAGCGCCUGUUGUCCAGCGAGUCAAAGUCACUGUCAACUACCCGCCGUACAUCUCGGACGCCAAGAGCACCGGGGUGCCGGUGGGGCAGAAGGGCAUCCUCCUGUGCGAGGCCUCUGCCGUCCCCUCUGCCAACUUCCAGUGGUACAAAGACGACAAGCGGCUGGUUGAAGGGCAGAAAGGACUGAAAGUGGAGAACAAAGACUUCUUCUCCAAACUGACUUUCUUCAACGUCUCCGAGCAAGACUAUGGCAACUACACUUGUGUAGCAUCCAACCAGCUAGGAAACACCAACGCCAGCAUGAUCCUCUAUGAAGAGACAACUACUGCUCUGACACCCUGGAAAGGCCCUGGGGCAGUCCACGACGGGAACAGCGGAGCGUGGCGGCGAGGUGGCCACGCCUGGCU